AUGCUUCAGAUUAAGGGUAUCCAUGCGAAUAAAAGCAUUGCGAAGGGCAUCGAGUGUUUAGCUCCUGAGCCCUCAAACAAAGAAUGCACAGUAGAAGAGUUGAGUAAGCUGGAUGUAUCAGAGCCUGAGCCUGAGCCUGAGCCUGAGCCUGAUCCCGAGCCUGGGCCUGAGCCUGAUUCAGAACCUGAGCCUGAUCCCGAGCCUGAGCCUGAUCCUGGGCCUGAGCCUGAGCCUGAGCCUGGUUCAGAACCUGACCCUGAUCCCGAGCCUGACCCUGACCCUGAUCCCGAGCCUGACCCUGAUCCCGAGCCUGACCCUGAUUCAGAACCUGAGCCUGAGCCUGAUUCAGAACCUGAACCUGAGCCUGAGCCUGAGCCUGAGCCUGAGCUUGAACCUGAACCUGAGCCUGAGCCUGAACCUGAGCCUGAGCCUGAGCCUGAGCCUGAGCCUGAGCCUGAGCCUGAGCCUGAGCCUGAUCCCGAGCCUGAGCCUGAGCCUGAGCCUGAGCCUGAGCCUGAGCCUGAGCCUGAGCCUGAGCCUGAGCCUGAUCCCGAGCCUGAGCCUGAGCCUGAUUCAGAACCUGAGCCUGAUCCCGAGCCUGAGCCUGAUCCUGAGCCUGAGCCUGAUCCCGAGCCUGAGCCUGAUUCAGAACCUGAGCCUGAUCCCGAGCCUGAGCCUGAUCCUGAGCCUGAGCCUGAUCCUGAUUCAGAACCUGAGCCUGAUCCCGAGCCUGAACCAUUUUGUUCAGUGGCAGAUGAGAUGUAA